UAAUUGUCAACAGUUUCGACGAAUUAAACUGUUUGGCCUGCUAAACAAAUUCAUUUCAUAUCGCACAAUACUCUCUCUUCAUUCUUGCUCACCAACACAUGCAAAUGUACAUAGGCUGUCUCGCACAUAUUUCCUGCGUCUUCCAUUAAGACAAGCAGACAAACUUGAGAUUGCGACGAUCAUAAAAUAUUAACCCGUAAAGGGGGGUGGGGUACUGAUAAUAAUCGACGACUUGCGAGCAGUCUCAAAAAAAAAAGAAGCGAAAUAAAAAUUAUUAAAAUCUGCUUGCCUCUGCAUUAACAAUAUUGGAGGCUAAAGCAACAGUCAGCCUCAUGCACAGACGCUGCUACAGCUAAGCCAUUGAGUCGUCUGUCUGUCCGUCCGUUUAUCUCAUUGCAAAAAUGCUGCAACACACAAUGACGAAGCGCAAGACGCUGAUCAUCGCCUGCUUUGGCAUUGCGCUGGGCCUCUGCAUUGGCACCGUGCUGAAGAACUAUCGCGCCCUGGAGAUUGUCAAGCGCUGCAGCAUACGGCCAACGAAUCAAAAGACGCCACAUGAGAUAAUUGGCCUCAAUGACGAGGACACCAUACAGAAUUCGCAGCGUAAUCUUGUGUUUGUGGGCGUCAUGACGGCCAAGAACUUUAUCGAGGGGCGUGCGCGUGCUGUGUAUGAUACAUGGGGCAAGGAGGUGCCCGGACGCAUAGCGUUCUUCAGCUCGGAGGGCAGCUACUCGGACGAGCUGCCUGUGGUGGGGCUCAAGAAUGUGGACGAUCGCUAUCCGCCGCAGAAGAAAUCCUUUAUGAUGCUUUACUACAUGUACGAGCAUUUCAUUGAUCGCUUCGAGUGGUUUAUACGCGCUGAUGACGAUGUCUACAUGGAGCCGGAUAAGCUAGAGCGCUUUCUGCGCUCCAUAGACAGCUCCAAGCCGCAGUUUAUUGGCCAAGCUGGUCAGGGCAAUAGCGAGGAGUUUGGUCUGCUCUCACUGGAGUUUGAUGAGAACUUUUGCAUGGGCGGUCCGGGUGUUAUAUUGAGCAGCGAAACGUUGCGUCGUGUGGCGCCACAUAUUCCCACCUGCCUGAAGAAUCUCUAUAGCACGCAUGAGGAUGUGGAAGUGGGACGUUGUGUGCAAAAGUUUGCUGGCAUACCCUGCACCUGGAAUUAUGAAAUGCAGUACAUCUUGCGCCACAAUUCCAGCGGACGCAAUGCCUAUACGGGCAAGCUUAAGCGCAAGGAGAUCCACAAUGCCAUUACACUACAUCCGAUUAAGCAGGCACCACUGAUGUAUCGUCUGCACUCCUAUAUACAGGGCAUCAAGGCUGAUGAGCUGCGGCAGGAGUCCAUGCUGCUGCAUCGCGACAUAAGAAAUAUGGCCAAGUAUCUGGAUGUGCCCGAUGAUAGCACCAAUAUGUUGCCCAGUGUAUCGCCAGCUGCCGUGCCGCACAGUGACACAGGCAAACGACACUUUGAAGAUCACAAUAUAUUGGGUAUUAGUCCGGAGCUGAACAAGUUUGUGCCGGGCAGCACAUCGGAGCUGCUGGACUGGAGUUUCAUUGCGCGCAGUUUGUACUCUGUGGGCGCAUCGAAUCCCAAGCAAAAGAUUGACUCUGCUAUGCGCGAGGGUUUGGAGGAUGUGUUCACUGAAGUUAUGGAGAACAUUAACUAUUAUUCACGCCAACGCGGACGCAUUAUUGAGUUCCGUGAACUGCUCUACGGCUAUCAGCGACUGGAUGCGCUGCAUGGUCAGGAUCUCAUUUUGGAUCUGCUGCUGACGUAUAAGAAAUAUCGUGGCAAGAAGAUGACAGUGGCCGUGCGUCGUCAUUUGUAUGUUCAACGCGCCUUUACGGGCAUUUUUGUCAAGGAGCUCGAUGAGGAUUUCUAUAAUGUUACGCUGCAGCAGAUGUUGUCCCCACCAGGUUUGCUCGGCAGUCUGCUGCACAGCGGCAUUGCGCGUCUGAAUAGUCACUUCAAGCUGCUGGCGCCUACGCCGGACAAGAUUGUUAUGGUGCUGCCCAUUGCUGGGCGUUUGGCUACGUUUGAGCGCUUUCUGCGCAACUAUGAGCGCGUCUGUUUGCAGGCGGAUCAGCAUUGCGAGCUGCUGGUUGUCAUCUUUGGCCAGGAGCUGUCAGCGCAUUUGGAGCUGCUGCGUCAGCUGCGCAAGCGGCACAUUUACAAGCAAAUUAAUUAUAUAAAACGCAGUGACGAAUUCUCACGCGGCGUUGCGCUGGACAUGGCUGCACGCUCAUCCUACAUAGAGCCGCAGGACAUUAUGCUGUUCAUUGAUGUCGACAUGCUGUUCGGUGUGCAGACGCUGGAGCGCGUGCGCAUGCAUACGCAACGUGGUCGCCAAGUCUAUUUGCCCAUAGUCUUUAGUCAAUACGAUCCCAAGCGUCAUGGCGAACGCGGCGCGAGCAGCAGCAGCAGCAGCAGCUCGGAGGACAUACCCAUUGAUGAUGAGCAUGGCUACUUUCGUCAGUUUGGCUUUGGCAUUUGCGCUAUAUACAAAUCGGAUAUACUCGAUGAGGACAUCGAUGGCUUUGACAAGGACAUUACCGGCUGGGGCUUGGAGGAUGUCAAGUUUCUGGAGAAGAUUGUGCGCGUGGGCACGCGUCAACGCGGCUUUUUGGUCAACACCGCCGAACUGCCGCAGGACUAUAACGAAGCUGCCGAGCAGUGGCGUCGCCUUUCCGUUUUUCGUGCGCCAGAUCCGACGCUGGUGCACGUCUAUCACGAUAUCAACUGUGAUGUCUCGCUGGAUGCGCCACAGUACAACAUGUGCCUGGGCACCAAGGCCAACUCGCUGGGCAGCACGCGUCUCAUGGAGCUGCUCUUCUUCAACAAUCCCAAAAAUGUUGACUUCAUCACCGAUCUGAAUCGACAUAAGCUACAAACGAGCUGAGCUUUAAACACUCUCUUAACUAAGUUACGCUUUAAGUAUUAUCUUAUGUAUCCUACUACUAUAUGCUAGCAAAAGUAAUGCCAAAAGUUUUUGUUUAGUUUUAUAGGCAGUGAGUGCCUGGCGAGUUAGAAAGAGCUCGCGCUACUAUUUUAUUGUUAAGCAUUUAAUAUUUUCUUCUUGGGCAAUCACUUAAAAGUUCCACGCUUAGUCAGUCAUAUAGUUUGGUCACGGUGUUUGAACAAAUAUUUUAUACAUCCAUCCUUAAAAUUUAAUAUAUAUUGCAUUU